AUCCGCUCUGCUUAACGGCAGAUAAUAGGGCCAGUGUGGAGUGAAUUGAGUAAUGGCAGGAACAGACACGAGAUAGUCCACGAACCUUACGUUAUUCGUACAUUUAUCGGGUAACAGCAGCCGGACGGGCGUCUGUCCUCAUCGUCGUUCGCUGUGAGAGGCUGAUUCCGACCCCGUUUUUCUGUCAUCAUAGUAACUGUAUGCAGUGGAAUGGCUGAAGUGCCGCCUGGGCCUAACGCACUGCCUUCAUCCUCGAGCGAGAUCUCACCACUGUCCGUGGACGGGUGCACCUUACUGGGCCACGACGAUGAGGGACGGGACAUCAUCAGCCCCGGCGCGGGACACCAGCACGCCAGCGAUUAUAAGGCGAUCGUCAAAUCCAACCAGAACAACGUGCAUCCUAAUGCAUCAGCUGCCCAGUUCCACACAGCCCAGCUGAACGGGGUCCAGUGCCACCACACUCACCUCCAGAACCACGUCCAACAACACCGGCCGUCCGACAAUCUGAACGCCGCUUCCGAUCACCACUUGGACGGGAUCGUUGCAACACAGGGCGAUCACACGGAAAACAACAAUUUCACGAGAAAUAAACGAUGUAGUGAUAAAUCUCAGAGCCAGUCGCCGUCGAACAACGGGAUAAACUGCACUGACAGUAUGGGGAUAAUGGAGAGCAGCUUGUGUCGACUGGAGAACGAUGUAAGUAGCAGGACUGGUUCAGCGGAUCGAGCUCGAGCGGCAGCGGUAGCGCUGAUGGACGGGGCUGAGUCAGGCCUGGGCCCGCAGCGCGCUCGAGUAGAGCAGGCGGCCGCUGACAGCGCUCCGGUGGCGGGGAUGUCGAGACUAGCGCUGGAGGAGCACGACGACUCCAUCCGAUACGUGAGAUACGAGUCUGAGCUCCAGAUGCCUGAUAUCAUCCGACUCAUAACUAAAGACUUAUCUGAGCCCUACUCCAUAUACACCUAUAGGUACUUUAUUCACAACUGGCCUCAGCUCUGCUUUCUGGCGAUGGUUGAGAAGGACUGUGUCGGUGCCAUUGUGUGUAAGCUAGACAUGCAUAAGAAGAUGUUCCGUCGUGGAUACAUCGCCAUGCUCGCUGUGGACUCCAAAUUUCGCAGGAAAGGCAUCGGCACCAACCUUGUUAAAAAGGCCAUCUAUGCUAUGGUGGAGGGGGAUUGUGAUGAGGUGGUGCUAGAGACGGAAAUCACCAACAAAUCGGCCCUGAAACUCUAUGAGAAUCUGGGCUUUGUCAGGGACAAGCGGCUGUUUAGAUAUUAUUUAAACGGAGUGGAUGCACUUCGGCUCAAACUCUGGCUUCGCUAAAUCAAACUACGGGGUCCCUCAACUCUUUCUCCAUCCCUUUGGCCUCCUCUUCCUCCGCCACAGUCCUCUGGCUCAGAUCACCUGACUUCCCAUCAAUAGAAAGACACUCAACCUCUGCUGAGCCAUAAAGGGCAAACUCUGAGGGAAAAUUCAACCAAUCAUAAUAAAGUGUUUUAAGAACUUUUGUGUGAAAGAAAGAGAGAGAUUGUUGUGAAAAAAAAAACACACAAAAAAAGUUGGGUACUGAUAUGACACUGACAAUGAAAAGGAAAGGCCGGUGGCUUCUAUGCUCAGGUGUCAAUAGCCUGACUUAUGACCUCUGUGUAUUUGUGUCGGGCAGUGGAGAUGAGCUGGGCCGAACAUGUUGACGGCAUCCACAAAAUGUAUCAUGCCGAAAGUAAACAAUGCGCCACACCUCUGUUGUUGUUGUUUUUUUAUGAACAAUCACAAACCGAAGGAUUGGAAGUGUGUUUAAACCGACUCAACUACUCAAAUACAUUUUUGGUUUCCCUUUUUCCCUUAAGAAGAGCGUGCAUGGGAGCAUUGCAGGUUGCAAUUGUGUUGUAGCCUGCUGCUUUGCCUUUUGUUUUUGUUCGUUUUUUUUCCAUACCGGGGUCUGUGGUUUAUUUUAUGUGUUUAAUUUUAUGUUUUGGAAAACCCUGAGCAGAGCUUUGUCUGCUUUAGAAGUUCGAUCUAUGAUAAACUAACAUACACAGAUUCAGAAACACUUUAACCUGAAUGCUGUAUAGCAGUACAGAUGGCACCUUUGCUCUUUUAAGUUGGUCUUAUUAGCUCAUAUUACGCCAUAUUGGUUUAUGUGACUUGUGAUUCUGACACAGAUAUCGUCAUCUCACCAUACAAGUUGUCUCGAUGCUGCUUCAUGAGUGUUUUGUACUACUAAAAUGGAAUUGAAAAUGAAUGAAUCUAAAUGGGCCUAAAAUGAGAGUAUUCCCAGUUAUUUGAAGACUUUUUAACCAGAGUCAUCGUCAUGGAUUCUACCUUUCCAUGUCUUAUACGAUGUUUGGAUAUUCAGAUAUGCUGACCUAGACAAAUGAACCUCAAACGGACGCACUUCUCAUUUUUGCACUGAUUAGAUGGGGUAUAAUUUCUGCGUUAGUGGACCAGUAGGGGACAGAAUUCAGAUCUCACCAGCUCAGAUGCUCCAAUGGACUCAUGCAAAUAAUUGCUUUAAAGUCAUGAAACAGACUGAUUUAUAUGCAAGAUGACAUCGUUUUGAGGUGUUUUAAAUGUAACGGAGGAAGUUUCUGGAGGUUAGCAUUUUUAUGGGUUUGUGUUUAACAGUAGUGUGCUGUGGCAGGUUGUACCAUCACUCAUGUUGAAAGUGUUUCUAUGUCAUUGCCAAUAGACCCCCAUUUUGCUUUGCUGCUGGCAAAUGAGUUGUUUUUGGAAGAAAUCCUUUUUGUCUUUUUAAGUUUGGAGUGGGAAACAAGUUUUUUGAUUUGCUAAAUGUACAUAUGGAAGUUUGAUUUGUCGUUUUUGAUUGUCAUUGGAAAAGUUCCCCAUAGAGAUGCUGCUCUCAGUUGUUGGGAAGAUUGAUGGGUUGUGUUAUAAAUUUGUGCUUAAAUAGACUGAUUUUGCUGAUUGA